AAGGUGAACAUAAGUUAAUUCAGAAAUUAAAAGACUCACCAGGACAAAUAAUUUCUGAUAAUCAGAAAUCAAGAUUUUGGGUUACACUGGCUACUAAAUCUCGACCAGAAAAUUGUUCUCAAGAAGCGUUAGAUACAGUAAUUGAGGCUUAUGGAGUUACUCUCUCACCUCCCUCACCUAAGACAAAAUCUGCAGAUUUACUAAAGCUUGAUAAAACUGAAAUUGUUGAAAUACCUACUUGCAACAUCUCUUUUCCAAAUCUUAUGAUACCUACCGCUAUUCCUCCAUCCCCAAGUAUGGAUAUAUCACUAUGGAUUACUGCGAAAGGAUAUAACCCCAAGACUUUUAAUUGCAAACCACCUCAC